AACUCCUGCGGAGGAGGGAAAAAAAGGGGGGAGAAGAGAAAAUUGCGAUGCUGGAAGCGCAGCUCGAGCAGGAAAAUGCAGCUGCGUGAGUGAAGGCGCCGCCGCCGCCGCCGCCGCCCCCCCCGCGCGGUACCGCAUUGUUCGGAGCCGCGGCGCUGUCAGGAGGAGGCGGGAGGAGCCGUGGCAUGGUCGGUCGGUGUCCAGGGCCCUGUGAGUUUGGGCAUCCGGUCCGCUGAGCCCAAAGGAUACGGGUUCCCGGAGCGGACGGACAGCCGGAGGAGAACCGGCACGGAGGUGCUCUUCGGUGCCGACGAUGCGGAGAGGGAUGAAGGAAGGGUCGGGAUGCCAGAUGCCUCGGGCGGGACUCUGGAGACGCCUCAAGCCGGUUUCCUGAGUUUCACCGGGGUUCGGGGCCCAUCGUUGGUCCUGCAGAAGAACUACUGUGGAGAGCAGGAAGCCAUGAGAUCCCUGGCCUGGAGCACCUGAGGAGGAUCCUUUUGAGAAGCUUACGAGGAAGCCAUGGAGAACGGCCAGCCCGGGCUGCCCUUGGACACGGCGAGCCCCCCGGCCCCUGUGAACGGUGGCGGCAGGGGCGCAACUGUUGGUGAGGGGACCGCCAAGCUGGAGAAUGCCAUCACUCAGCUGAUCACAGCCGAGGCCUGGAACCUUAACACCAGUGGACUCGCAAGGAAGCCCCUCUCCCCUCUGGUGGCAGUUCCGGCACCUUCCUUGCUCGGUUCCACCGCCGGCGCCGAGCCCCAGGGUGGAAUGGCUCUCAAAGUGGCUGCCACUGUCCUCCAGCCCAUCUGCCUAGGGGAGAGCCCAGUGGUGCUGCCUAUCCACCUGCAGAUGGCUGGGAGCGGAGCGCCCCCCUUGGGCCCGGCUGCCAACGCUUCCUACCUCAUGGCCGGUCAGGGCCCUGUUUCCCUGCCCCUUGUCCUGGAACAGCAGGUGUUCCAGCACCUGAGCUCUCCCUCCCUCCAGCAGGGGGCACCGUGUCCAGCCGCAUCCCUGCAGAAUGGCACCCUGUGUCAGAAUACCUCCCUGCCCUUCACCCAGCCACAACCCCUGGACCAGAAGUCUUCAGGGCAGCCCCAGGAUCCGGGCGUCCUGCCCCUCCUACAGAAUCCCGCCUUUGCGGCCAUCCUGCAGGACCUGUUCCCCUUGCAGAACAACCUGAACUCCUCCGCCUGCCACACUGCUGCAUCCACCCCAACGGACCACUUCUCCUCCACCUUUUUCCCCCCUCCGCCACCACUUGUGCACCCCUACAGCUCCCCGCUUUCGCCCCUGGUCCCUCCGGCCACGCUCCUGGUUCCCUACCCCAUCAUCGUCCCCUUGCCGGUGCCUCUUCCGGUCCCCAUCCCCGUCCCCAUCCCCAUCCCACAGAACGCGGACUCAAAGGUGUUUGUAGACCCACCGAAACCAACUUGCACCUUGAGCAAAGGCACACAGACAAAUGCAAAAGAGACCACCGGUCCUGUGCGUCUCUUGCAGUCGGCCGCCCCAUCCCCCCCGUUCCCUGCCGAGGGGGAAGUGCUGGACCUCUCGGUGAAAGUUCUGCCAGUACAAACAAAGCAGGAAGUUCCACUUCAGCAGGACAGCGUCCUUGAUCUUUCUGUAGCCAGCAGGAGGAAGGCCUGCGUCCAGUCCUUCCUCAGUAGGGAGCCACCAGGGGCUUGUCGCCCUGCCCAGGACGCUGGCAGUGCCGCCCUGUCCCUGGAGGUCCUGCGGCCCAUGGAGUGCGCGCAGAAGCUCGACUCCAAGCUCCUGAGUGGCCUGGCAUCCCUGGAGUUCAGCCGGCAGCACAAGUGGGUGGUGGACGGCAGUGGGCGUCAGGGCGGCGAGCCCAAGGGCAGUGGCGGCGGGGGGAACUUUGAGAUCGUAAGCACAUCCCAGACAGCCAAGGUCAUAGUAUCAGUCAAGGACGCCAUGCCCGCCAUAUUCUGUGGCAAGCUCAAGGGCCUCUCUGGGGUUUCCACCAAGAACUUCUCCAUUAAGCACGAUGCCAACCAAGAGGCUGUUCUGCAGCAGUGUUUCAGCGCCAGAGCCCCGGGGGAGCUGCGUGGCCCUACGGAAGCCCUCAAAAAGACCUCCAAGAACAGGGCCAUCAAGCUGAAAAAGGUCAACUCCCAGGAAAUCCACCUCCUGCCCAUCAAGAAGCAGCGUCUGGCUGCUUUCUUCCCUAGGAAAUGAGCGGUCUCUUGGUCGGCCGAAGUACUUGGUGGGGAAGGCAUGAGGUGGUCAGGAGGGCGGACGCUUGGCCGUAUCAGCAAAACCGGCUCUUCUGAUCAUCAGAACCACAUUUUGGGAUGUUCUCCAGGCAUGGCCAAGACUCCAAACAAAGUGCAAUUGAUAUAGCCUUUGCUUGACUUGGCGAGCAGACAAUGAACUUAUUUCAUCAGAGAGCAGCUUUGAGUCUCCAAUAUUUAUUACUGAGUAGUGUUAUCCUGACUUUCUGGCACUGCCCAAAUUAAUUUUAUGUGGUAAUUUGCUACAAAGCUUAGCUGAUUAUGGGAUGCUUUUUUUAGCAUUUGGGCCAUUAAUAUGCAUUUAGUUUGGUUGCACAUUGCCAAUGCAGUACUCUCAUUCCUUCCAUUUAUAGUCAAAUUAAUAUUCAUGAACCUGAAAUAGUGGAAAAUGAGCCAGUUGCUAAGCGACACAGGCGGCACGUAUUUGUAGCCUUAAGAGAAAAAAAGAGAGCAAACAUUUCAAAGUUUUUUCCUCUUCAUUAGGUGGGGCUUUCAGGGUGAGGUUGUUUCAGUAUCGUAAGACUCACCCUUCGGUUACAGCAGCGCGGAUCUGGGUCGGCUCCUUCUGUCCAGCCCUAACUGUCCAAACAUGUUCUUGAUCACGAGCAGAAGACAUACUGCAUCUGUCCUGAAGGUCUCUUGCGCAGUGAUUUUCCUCUUUUGUGGAAAGGAUUGCCUGUAUUUACUUUGGCCCAUUAGAUCAGUCUCUUCAUCUGACAGGAAAUUAUAUUUAUCAGUUAUUUAUUCAACUGAUGCAUCAUCUUUGUUGGGGGGCAAGCAGGAAGCAGGCCGGUCAUGGCUUGGCAGGCCAGAGCCCUGCUUUCCUUCAUUAUAUUGAAAGUUGGAAACAGCUGUCAUAAUCUCAACUAAGCACAAUUUUUAGCUGUGCAUAAAAGGAGGGUACUAUGGAAAACCCACCACUUUUGAAUUAAAAAAAAAAAAACAAAAAAAAAAACCAUCAUUAUCAUGAAGGGCUAUUUUCAAGCUAAAUGAUUUUGAGAUUUUUCUGAAAGCAGAGAAUUGCUUUUGUAUUUUGUAUUUGUUAUGGAAAACGAUUCAGCUUUAAUAGGCGAAUCUCAUUUGUCUUUGGUCUCCGGAGAAAGGAGGGGGGAGCAAGAAACGUAGCGUGCGCGUGCCGUAAUAUCCGUCUGCAGCAAACCCGUGGAUUGGGAAAGAUCAGAACGUGAAAUACAGGGGAGGUCCAUCAAAAAUAGAGGCACUUCAAUUCAGAAUCGCCACGGUGGUUCUGCGAAGGUGUGUGCUCUGAUGCCUGUUGUCAUCUGUAUGCUCAAAUGUCUAAAGUUGACCGUAAAAGAUGCUUGGAUCCACGAGUAUUGCAACAAAAGCCAAGAGCAAGAGCGCAGUCAGGCUGGUAAACUGGCAGACGGGAACCAGACAGACUGUAGAGUAUUAGAGGCUGAAUGAGCUUAUUCUUAACCGCUUCUCCUCACCAUCUGUCCUUUCCGUACGUGUAUAAACGAUGCAGUGGUGUUUCGUUAUUGUUACCGUGUUGUGUUUCCCUCCUAUAAUGAGCUUUCCUUCAGCUAUCAUUUGUUGCCACAAAUGUACAUGUGAGUUCUUGGACAGACGUGUGCGCCCUGUUAAUCUUACCAUAGUAUUUAACAUUCGUCACUGAAUUUCUUUGCCCCAAGGACAGACUGUUGUUUUACUGAUCUUGUAUUGCGUAGUUUUAUGGUGUAAUUAUGGUGUUCUGUUAGGCUGUAAUACUCGAGGAGGGACAGUACAUGCCAGUAAGUAUGUGUGCGUCAACCCAAGGCACUAACCAAGUUUGGCGAAGAAGUGAUGCUGGGAAAGCACUGACAGUCAAAUGCUGAUCUUAGGAGUUUUUGGAAAUGCGUUUGGAAAAACAAUAUAGAAAUGUGUUUUGCUUUAGACUAGGAAUUAAAUAUCGCAAAUGAAUAGGUCUCAAUAUAAAACAAAGUUAUUUUAUUGUACACUUCAAUUGCAUGAUGUAUUUCUAAAGAGAAUAAAACCAACCACCGCCUGCUAAGUGCAAUAACGGAUAGUUCAUUUGCAUCUUUGCGUAACAUGGGGGUGUUCCAUCUGAAAAAUCAGUUGUGUGUGAGAAUUCCCAUAACCGAUGUCUUCUCAGUAAUGCGCUAGGGAGUGGUAAAUCCUUGAGGGCUGCAGUCUGUCACAGUGCGCGUUGUUGAAGAUGUUAGUUUGAAAAUACAUGGUACAGUCAGUAAGUUCUAAGAUUAGCCGCCAUAUGGAACUGCUGUGGGGGCAAGCCAUCGACACAUAUUCACUUUACUAUGUAAAUUGCUUUGCCUAGUGGUCCGUGUCUAAAUCUGAGUAAUAACAAGGUAAAAUACGCAGGACUGUCCCUCGAGGAGUGAUGUUGUAAGAGGGAGGUUCUCAGACCGUAUCUUGGUAGGGUCAUGUACCUCCAUGGUCAAGGGCUUGACUGAACUGAUUUUAUGGAAAGCUUCAUGGAGAGCCGGAGGACCCUCAUGCAUAGGCCCACCAGGAUAAGAGCAAUGGUAAAGGAGAUUUGAUACCUCACUGGGGAAAGAUGUUAGUGUGCAUUGCAGUCACUGCAGCCGCUUCACUUUGGAAGCACACUGACACUCAUGCACCCUGACAACUGAAAUAUGUUGGCAGCUGAGAGCAACUUGGUUCACAUAUUUUUUGUUUUGAAGGGCAGCAGAACGAGAGCAUGGCCUCGGGACGAGUACCGCAUCGGGUUGUUAUGUGUUUAACAGGUCGGGGCAAAAGGGUUCUUGGGAAAUGCUGUCAGGUAGUCAAGGGUGAGCUGUCAGUUCUGCUUACUUCCAUGCUGUUGGGCUAAGUGUUCCUAUGGACAAUCAUGGUGAUCCUUACAACUGACAGUAUCUGAAGAGUCAUCAUUGUUUUCAGAGUAAAGCCCCAUUUCCACUUGCUGGAAAAGAAUAUCAAUAGAUAUUUAUUUAUUAGCUUCAAAAUGGGUUAUGUGCUCCUGUAUUCAAAAGAUCUCAUCCACAGUUAUUUAAAAAUAACUACACAGAUUUUUUUUGUUAUUGUUAAUACAUCACACAGCUUCAAAACUAUGGUGGCACAGCCUUAAAUAUAUUUAAUUGCUUGUGUUUUUUCCUUGCAAAACUGCACAUUAUUGUAAAAACUGACUGUUAAAUUGCCUUGAACGCAAAUCAGAGUGAUUUAAUUUAAGGAAGGGCAACAUUGCUUUGUAGACUCAAAAUUAACGAUGUUAAUGUUUAAAGUAGAGAUACCAUUACUAUUUGUCAUGUUAAAGGCUACUAUUUUGUAUGCAUUGGUACUGAAGGUACCAGUGAGGAUUUUAUACAGUCAGCCAUAAGAUGGUUCAUUUUUGUAGUCAACACAGUUGAACGAAUUCCAGAGAAAAUAAACGGUUCUGCAAAUGAGUUUAAUUUAAACCUCAAUUUUUACAAUAUAAAAUGUGAAAAAAAUAAGCAGUUAUGAAAAAGGGGGUUCACUAUAUAACAAUAAAACAAAGUAAACUAAAAUCACGUUCUCAUUUUUCUCAGACUGCUUAUUAAAAUACAAGGACUGAUGCAAUAAUUUUUGGGUAAGUUUUAUAAAAAUACAAGAUGUGGAUGAAGUCCAAGUGGCUUCAUUACUUUGCCAAAGCUUUCCUGCUAUUUGUGAAAAUGCACAAAAACUACGAUAAACAUUUUCAAGUACUUUGAUAUGUUCAGAAAGUUGAGUUGAUUUUGUUUUCAUCAUGUGACUUGAGUCAAGAAAAAAAAAAGAAAUCGAAACUUCAAUAGAGGGAAUAAAGGUCUAGUCAGAUAACAUUUAACUAAAAACUGCUAUGCUAUAAGUCUGUCAUAAACAGUCCACUGAAACCUGAGAAAUAUUAAAAUGUAAAAAUAAAACAAGGCAGAUUCCAUCAAACAAUGAAUUGAACACAUUUGUCAUGUAAAAAGGUGACGAGGAAGACUGUGUACACACUGCGUGGCCAUUACUCCAGUUUUAUGCACUUCAAAGUAGCGUGUAAAAGUAUUUCCCACAUAUACGUACGUACAUUCUCCUCCGUGACGUUUCUAGCCAGUCCUUUGAGGAACCAACAGUAACUGGUGAAACUAUGUCGGAAGAGCAGGGCAAAUGGGGAGCAAGACACUGCUUGCUGUCCCCUCCGAAAGGACAGCGGGACACUUGAACUGACCAACUGUGGAGAGAUGUGGGACCACGUGAGGACACGUGAGCCAACACAGACUGCAUUGCGCACAUCUGGACUGACUGUUAAAGCAAUGUGCUCUCUUGGCACUAAUAAAACCUCUUUAUUUAUAAUUAAUGGGCAUACAAGCUGUUUUUAAAAUUAAAUCUCUUCUUUCACACAGCUUUGAAAUGUUUGUUUUUAAGUACGGUCUGUAACGUAGAGGCCCGCUGAUGUGGCCGUGUUCUACCGGACAGUUACCGUGAAGGUCACGGGGUAAAGUGACGCACCUCUGGUAAUCCCCCUUCAUUCAGCAGUGGUGAGCGAGGCGAGUCCGCGACGACCCGAAAUUAAUUGAAACGCCUUUCUUACCUCGGCAGGGCCGAACGAUUUGUCCUAAAAUACUACAUACGAAAACAGUAAACGUAGUUCUGUGCCGGUUUGUGCACUGCAGGUGAGUUUAACAAAAAAAAAAAAAAAAAGUCAGGAAGGAAGAUAAGCAACCUGAGCUUUCCGAUCAUUUGUAUAUUAAAGCAAUAUUAAUAAAUAAGAAAAAGCUCAAAUUCGUUCUACAUCCCCUCAGAUGCGACUGAUUUCAGUUACAGACCGAUCCAGAAACCCACAAAUGGAUCCAACAUUCAGGUUAUUUCUGCACAUUUCCAGACCUUCAUAGCUGUACCAACCACGACAGGUAAAUAGAGAAUAUAACAGAAGUAAAAAUCCCAUGUUUUCAUAAGGACAAAUGACAGACCAAAAGUAGUACAAGUUUCUUGAGGCAGUGCUUACGUUGGCUGUAGAUGGGGCUCACUUAUUAAUAUUUUUGUCAUUUAGCCAUAUUUGAACGACUCUGAAAAAUAACCCUGACCAUCUGUUAAUAACUUUACCAAUCUUUCUCCACCUAUGACAUUUCCUGCACAUAAGUGAUACCUUUUUCAGACCCUGCAUGGAUGCAACAAAGCAAAAACUGACUUUUUCAACGCACAGAAAAUUCCUUUCAAACGAGCGUGUACUUGUCUUUUCCAUCUGUAAAGUUUGCAUUGCAAAUGAGAAGCUGAUAGAUGCUUUGACAAAAGCACGAAGGUCCAGUUUUGCUCCAGAACAGCAUGUGGUUUUGUACAAAUGCAGCACGACAUCUCCAUCAGGACAAAUGAAGCUGAAAAACCAUGAUGCCAAAUGUCUCUUUUCCUCUUUCAAGUCAGUAUCGCAGCUGCCCAGCAUCCACUGUUUAGUGUGGAGAGUUUUUUUUUUUUU